CAUCUUAUCUUUUACCACCGUACCGGCGCUUCAUUCAAAUGCGAACCAAAAAUGAUUAUUUGAGAGGUUGCCGUCUGAAUAGACUUAUCAGUUCAAGUGCAGCAAUGUUCAAAACAGCAGGACAGACUAUUUCAUGCCAAGCAGCCGUAGCUUGGGAGCCCAACAAACCCCUCUCUGUGGAAACCGUCGAGGUUGCUCCGCCAAAAGCUGGAGAAAUUCGGAUAAAGGUAAUCGCAUCGGGCGUGUGCCAUUCGGAUGCCAGUUUCCUGGCAGGAUACGACCCAGACGUUGCCUUUCCGGUUAUUUUCGGUCACGAAGGGUCAGGAAUUGUGGAAAGUGUCGGCGAUGGCGUUACGAACUUCAAGCCGGGAGACCACGUGAUCCCAUUGUACAUUCCGCAGUGCUUCGAGUGCAGGUCCUGCAAAAACCCCAAAACGAACUUGUGCUCGAAAACACGAACCGGUCCGGGGAAGGGACUGAUGUCCGAUGGGACCACUCGGUUCACCUGUAAGGGUCAGCAAGUAUACCAUUGUAUGAGCACUUCAACCUUUUCCGAGUACACCGUUGUAAGUGAGAACUUCUUGUGCAAAAUUGAUGAAUCUGCUCCGUUGGAGAAAGUUUGCUUACUGGGAUGUGGUAUCCCAACAGGAUAUGGAGCAGCUUUGAAUGCCGCAAGUGUCGACAAAGGAAGCAGCUGUGCCGUCUGGGGUCUAGGAGCCGUUGGAUUGGCCGCGGUAAUGGGUUGUAAGGCCGCGGGAGCAACUAGAAUCAUUGGUGUCGAUAUCAAUCCUGACAAAUUCAAACUUGCAGAACAAUUUGGGUGCACGGAGUUUGUCAACCCUAAUGAUUAUGAUAAACCAAUUCAAGAAGUGCUCAUCGAAAAGACGCAAGGUGGAUUAGAUUACACAAUUGAAUGCGUAGGAAAUGUAACGACAAUGCGAGCGGCACUUGAGUCCUGCUGCCGUGGAUGGGGAGUCUCCGUUAUUGUUGGUGUAGCAGAGUCCGGGCGUGAUAUUUCAACACGUCCGUUACAGCUUAUUGUUGGUAAAACGUGGAAGGGAACUGCUUUCGGAGGAUGGAAAAGUGUGGAAAGUGUACCAAAGCUUGUCACAAAGUAUAUGAACAAGGAACUAAUGGUAGAUGAGUUCAUUACACAUACUAUGUCAAUAGAUAAAAUAAACGAAGCAUUUAAACUCAUGCAUGAAGGAAAAAGCAUUCGUUCAGUUAUAAUAUUUUAACAAAACUAAAUAAAGCUACACUGAUAUUAAAGAUGA